CGUCCGCGAGGGAUUUGGCCCUAUGGAACGGCCUUCUGACCGGCGUGUCAUCGAGGCCCCUCUCACUGUCGGUUUGCGCACAUCACCGCCAUGUGGAUGAUCUUCAUUCUUUCAGCGAGUCGAACGAUCGGGGCCCCCGGGGCGCAUCCACGUGAUGUCACUGGGUUUCUCAGUUUCCCCUCAGGGUUAGUGGAUGCCACCUUGUCAUCAAUCCCACUAUUUCCCCUUCAUGAACGAAGAGAAGACAAAAAAGGCCCAUCCUCAGGCUCACGCGCUAACACUAGUAAUGAUCUAUUUUGGACCGGGCGCGGAUCUGAUCAAGAGCAGGAGGAUGUCGGUCAAUGCCGGAUUUGCCGAAUGAGGGCAAGGUUGUCGCCUAGGCGUUUUUUGCCCUCAAAUUGGCCCCUUCGUUCUUCCCUCUCGUCUUUCCCCUUUUACCUGGGUUCCUCUUCGAUGGUCCAAUAAUGCCCACACGAGGAGCUGUGGCUAUGGGCAGGCGCAGCAAUGGCUGGUUGCAGUCCUGAAACGAUGGGGUCGUUCUCACCUGUGUUUCACCUAUAGCCCCCUCGGAUGCUGGGGGAUGAUCUCAUCUAGUAAUCAACCCUGCCACUGAAUCAUGGAUGAUCUAACCGUCAGCAACGGGUGAAUUGGCAUCCAAAAUGUCCGUGUCCUAAUUCAGUUUGGACCCAUUUUGCA